CCUGCUGCUGUCUCUCAGCACAGAACAGAGGGAUGCAGCAAAUCACAUAAUGACGUCAUCUGGCAACUUCUAGCUAGUUUUUUAGCAGCCAAAAGCUACUUCCCUCAGCAAAGCAUUGGCAGCGGCUCCCCCACCGUGAAUGAUCAGGUUUAAAGCUCUGGGCCGCCUGGCUCAGGUCAGACCGGUCCCCCUCCAGCUGGGCGACCUGGUGCAGACUGUCUGGCCAGCUCCGGCGGAUCAGCCAAUGUCACCUUAGUUUCGGCGGGUCACGUGACCUCGUCCUCGCCUUGCCUCGCCAUUGAUCCACAGCAAUGACACCGAGGCUUCAUGGUCCGCUGCUCCUCGCCAAUCACGCCGACUUAGCGCUGCCUCUGAACAGCUGUGGCAUGCAGCACACCAGCAGUGUGUGUGUGUGUGUGUGUGUGGGGGGGGAUCUUUGAUCCUGAGUCUUUGUAGGUGCCCUUAUUAAUUCUGGACCUACAUUAUUAGCUAUACAAAAUCCUAACAAGACCAAAAGUUAAAGUAACAGCAUCAUCAUCAACGUUUCUAUAGGAAAAUCAGUCUGAUACAAAGGGACUUUUAACAAUUACAAAAGUCCUUAAAUACAAAGUAAACGUGCAGUAUAGGCACCUAAUUGGUGUUAACUUUAAAGAAAGACGUAACUCCCCGUCAAACCACCGUUUGUUCGAAGAAAAUAGUCUUGAAGAGGAGAUUGGACUUUUUUUUUUGCAGUAAUAUAUAAAAAGCUUCUGAAUGUGUUAGAUGAAACCUGCAAGGACCAGUAAACUGCCCAGAGAUUUAUCCCUCGCUGCUCCAGACUGACAGACUUGAGAAGAGGUCCGGUGCUCGGCUGACUUUGUGUUGUCUUCUCCUGAAACCACUGGAAUAUGUGUAAAAUAUCGGCUGAUUGGCACCCACUGUGCGGGUGUUUGAUGAUGAGUGAGCGAUACACGCAGGUCGGAAGUAAAGGGGCUCUACUUGUAAUGGUGCUUGUGAUCAGCGUCUGCGAGAUGACCGUUCCAACGGAAGGAACUAGAGCAGCGCACCCUGUCCGAACAGGCACUUGCGAGGUGGUGGCGUUGCAUCGCUGUUGCAACAAGAACAAAAUUGAGGAGCGGUCACAAACUGUGAAGUGCUCCUGCUUUCCCGGGCAAGUGGCCGGCACCACCAGAGCCGCCCCGUCAUGUGUAGAUGCCUCGAUAGUGGAGCAGAAGUGGUGGUGUCAGAUGCAUCCGUGCCUAGAUGGGGAGGAAUGCAAAGUUCUUCCUGAUCUGAAGGGCUGGAGCUGUGCUACAGGGAACAAGAUCAAAACUACUAAGAUUUCCGCGGACAGAGACCAGCUUUGGUAACGUCAGAUGCUUCACAGCAGAGUCCAGGUGAACCAACAGUUCUGGUCUUUGUCAGAUCAUCAAAAGGAGAAGAGAGUAACGCAAAGGACCUUUCUGUAAAUAGAGACUUCCUUUCUUCUGGACUGCAAUUAAUCUUUGGAAAACUCGGAAUGCUUCUUCUUGAACUCUGUGGACAUCAAAAAGAGGAGUAGAUCCUAUUGAAAGUACUGAUCAUUCAGUACUUUUUGAAGGACUCCAUAUGAUUAGCCUUACCGGACAUCAGGAUUUAUUCUCUGACAUUGUACUGCUUGUAGUGGAAGACAAUGGUGAACUUUGCCUAUAUGUUAAUUUCUAGAGUAUUUAUGUCCUUUACAGGGGAUUUUGCAUCACAAGUUGACCAGGGUGAACAGCAGGUCAGUUUGUUGUAAGCAUCGCAAAUAUUCAAUACAAAAUGUGAUUUUGUUUUCUCAGUCAAUUGUGGCUUUCGUCUCUAACAAAGUGUAGUUUCAAAAGUUCAGAUAAAAUGAAAUAUGAAAAUAUGUGGCUGAGCAGCAGAUAUUCAGGGUGAUUUUCAAAGAAACACACAACCACAUUCAUCACUGUAUCAUUGAUACGGUGUGCCAUAAUACAGAAAUGGAAAAUAAACCUAAUUCAAUUUGAAACUACCACACUUUAUAUUAUCUGUGUAUUUAAGUGUUAAAUUCAACCCAGAUAUUGUUAAGAAUGUAAGGACCUCUAAACUAAACCAUUGCUGUAAAAGGUAUAAACUGAUCAAAUCUACCAGCUGUUAACAGACAGAAAAAGUUGGAUCCAGUCACGGUUUAUUUUUCCUCUGAAUAUCUCUCUGCAUUUCCUGUUGCUUCUGCCAGAUUUUGUUUUUUGUAUCAGCUCUGGUGUUCAGAUUCUAGACAACGGCAGUGUGAAUUAAACACACAGCAUCUGGCCGCCGGCUGGGUGAUGACAACAAUGUUCCCAAAACUGUUUUCGACUAGUUACUUGAGUAUGAUUUGCUGAUCACCUUUCAGUAGGUAUUGCUGACACUUCCUUUGUCUGUGUAAGUGAUGACAUCAGUAAUAAAGUAUGGUUGUGUAACUAAA